CAAUGUCAAAGCCACAAACGUUUCACAAAAAUGUUUUGAAGAGGAAGGAAGCUCGGUAAAUACAAAAGAGUUUAUUUAAAGCCAAAACCAUGGCAAAUCGAACGGUGAAAGAUGCACGAAAUGUGCACGGUACCAAUCCACAGUAUCUGAUCGAGAAAAUUAUUCGUUCGCGCAUUUACGACUCGAAGUUCUGGAAGGAACAAUGUUUUGCAUUAACAGCUGAAUUGCUCGUAGAUAAAGCAAUGGAAAUUCGAUACGUUGGUGGUGUAUUCGGUGGAAAUAUUCGUCCAACUCCAUUCCUCUGCCUUACACUUAAAAUGCUGCAAAUUCAACCGGAGAAGGAUAUUGUGAUCGAGUUCAUCAAAAACGAAGAGUUCAAAUACGUUCGUGCGUUGGGUGCAUUCUACUUACGCUUGACGGGUACAUCAUUGGACUGUUACAAAUAUCUGGAACCGCUGUACAAUGACAAUCGCAAGCUGCGAAACCAAAAUCGUUCCGGUCAAUUCGAAAUUAUGCACAUGGAUGAAUACAUCGAUGAACUGUUGAGGAAUGAUCGGGUGUGCGACAUUAUUUUACCGCGAAUUCAAAAACGUAUGAUAUUGGAGGAGAACAAUGAGCUGGAACCGAAGGUGUCAGCAUUGGACGACGAUUUAGACGAGGAUAUGCCUAGCGAUGAGGAAAUUGUUGAUAAGGUCAGUGAAUCGCCGAAGAAAAAGCCGAAAAAGGAAGAACGAGAGCGUUCCCGAUCAAAUGACAGAGAACGCGACAGACGUCACGAACAAAAGAAGGUCGACAGGGAUCGAGAACGCGCUAAGGAAGUCGAACGAGCGAACAAUGCAAGAAAAUCGGAAAUAGACAGAGAUCGCAAAGAGCGGGAACGCGAGCGAAUGGCACGAGAGAAGGAGAGAAAGUUUCGACACGACCAGCAGCGUGACAGCGAUCGACGAAGGGAUUACGAUAGGGACUACGAUAGAGACUACGACAGAGAUCGAGGUAGAGAUAAGGAUCGUCAGUCUGACAGGCGGAAGCGACAUUAAUGGUAUGAAGUAUACAUUUUCAAUAAAGAUUGCAAAGAAAAA